UACAUAAAAAGAGGCUGACACCUGCCGUAGGUUCAGAGGAAGAAGCCAGAGAAAAAGAAACCCGCAGUCCGAAAAAAAAAAGCCUUCUGGGGAAGGAGAGGGGUAUGAUGCGGAGGCCGUCCUCAGGAUGCCCCUCGCCCUCCAUGCAGAACAUCCGUUCCCAGGGUGGCCCGGGCCAGGCCUCGGGGGUGCAAGGGUUGACCUGACCCCCCUGCUCCCGCCCCCGCCGCUCCGGGAAGAAAGGGCGCUGUGUCUGGCGGCGAGCAGGCGCCGGAAUCGUGCGCCCGGGCCCAGGGUUGCACCGGGCACUGGGCCCCGAUACCGGGGGCGCAAAGCUCCGGUUGCGGCCCAGGAGAACCCCGCCAAGGGACCCCAGCCUACCGGUUCUCGGAGGGGCGAAAGAGCCAGGUCAGGUUGAGGGACAGGAAGAGGAAGGGGUGUCCAGGGGACUGACUGAAGGAUGAGAGUGUUCCCCGGGGUAGCGACGGGCCUCUUGGAAAACCAGAGGCGGAGGAAGCAGCCGCGGAGUGGAGGGCGCAGGCCGAGACCUGGGCCUCUCCUCCCACAGCAAGCCCCCCACCCACGCAUCAUCUGCAGCCCAGCGGCACCUACCUCCCUCUCCCUACCUCAUCCCCGCUUGCGCUUCCGCAGGUCAGGCCACGCGGGUGCCAGCGCGGGCUGGGGGCGCCCCAGCCGCGGCCUUGGGGAGGGGUCAGGACUGAAGUUCACUCGCUCCCUGCGUGGUCUCGAAGCCCCUCGCCCACCCCCCACUGUCUCCUCCGCCUCCGGCUGCGCGCUUGGCGGAUCUUCUCCAUCGGUUCUGCUCACUGGAGUGGGAAGGGGCUGA